UGCAACCGGAAGUUCAAAUUUUACCGCGACCGGCGGCUAAUGCCUACGAAAUUUUCUUGGAAACCUGCCACAAGUGUUUAAAAACUUCAUAAUUUCAGAGGAAAAUGCCUCGUCGAACGCGGUCACACGUUGAGUCGGUGUCGGAGGAGAGUGAUGUGUCAGCAGGGACUCAGGACGACAGUGAUGAUGACCUGAUGCCAGUACGAGUCACGCGGCGAUCUACUGAGCCUGGUGUUGCAGUUGUCCAGCGGCCGGCCUUCAAGAGGAAACGAGAGCCGCGGGUGUCAGGAUCUGAGUCCGAACCAGACCAGUCCGGCAAAGGCCCCCCAGAGAAGAGGAGUCGGGGAAAGCAUCCCCGAGUUCUCACAGACCACAGUCACACAAACAACAAGAAAGACUGCGAUAUACCAUCCGACUUCCCUCUGUGGGCAGUGACCGAGAAACGAGCAACACCUCAAACAAACUAUGAUGAGACGUCGUCCCGGUGUCCCCUGCCUGGCUGUGAUUCAAAAGGUCAUCUGAGUGGACGUAAUGCAACCCAUCGGACACUGACCGCCUGCCCCUUGUAUCACAACACUACAGCCGAGGAAUGCAAGCGACGAUAUGAUGACCGACAAAAGAGUUCUGAAGAAAGGAAGAAAAUAGUUGCUGUGUUGAAUGACAGACGAGACUUGAGAAGACAGGUACAAACGGAUGAACAAAAGGCCAAAAGUGAUCGAAUACGAAGUUUAAGAAAGAAGCAUGCAGAUUUGUCUGAUGAGGAGAAAGACAAACAUCGGAAGCAUCGAGAGAAGUACAACACAACUCGGCAACCUCUCCUCAACGGGCUGGCGUCAGAGUAUGAUCUUAAGUUAUUCAAAGAGGCACAAGCUAAAGCCUGCGAAAAAAUGGAGCAUGAAUUAACGCAGCACUAUCAGAGGAGCGAACAGCAAGAAUACAGAAUAAAAAAGUUAGAGAUUGGAAGGUGGGAACUGACCACGUGGUAUUCGUCACCGUAUCCAGAUGAAUAUGCCCGCCUACCCAAAAUCUACCUGUGUGAAUUCUGUCUGAAAUAUAUGAGAACAGCCACCAUUCUACGAAGGCAUCUGGCCAAAUGUGUCUGGCGUCAUCCGCCUGGAGAUGAGAUCUACAGGAAGGGUUCUAUAUCAGUGUUUGAAGUAGACGGCAAGAAGAACAAGGUGUACUGUCAGAAUCUGUGUUUGCUGGCGAAGCUGUUUCUAGAUCACAAGACACUCUACUUUGACGUUGAGCCCUUCCUCUUCUAUGUGAUGACUGAAAAUGACCAGGGAGGUUGUCACAUAGUGGGCUACUUCUCAAAGGAGAAGAACUCAUUCUUGAAUUACAAUGUGUCCUGCAUUUUGACAUUACCUCAGUACAUGAGACAGGGUUACGGCAAGAUGUUGAUAGACUUCAGCUACCUACUCAGCAAGGUGGAGCAGAAGAUCGGGUCACCAGAGCGCCCCCUGUCUGACCUGGGUCUCAUCACAUAUCGCAGCUACUGGAAGGAGGUUCUCCUGGGCUAUCUGCACAAAUACAGUGGCAGCGAGAUCUGCAUUAAAGAUGUAAGUCAGGAAACGGCAAUCAAUGCCAAUGACAUCGUCAGCACAUUACAAGCAUUGGGGAUGCUUAAAUACUGGAAGGGAAAACACUUGGUACUCAAACGUCAGGAUCUGAUUGAUGACUAUUUGGAAAAGAAAGCGAAACGUCCACCUGACCACAAGGCCAUUGAUUCAGCAUGUCUUAAAUGGACGCCCCCAUCAAAACGCACAAAUACUGCUUUAUGAUCAUCCAUCUUGUCGAGUCUCAUGGAUACCUCUGGUUCAUGGUGGGCACCAGGAGUGUAAGGGUCCACAUGUACCAUCAACUCUCCAUGUCCUCAAAACUUGGUGUGAAGUAGAGUUUUUUGAGUCGGUAACAUUGGGAGGGAGGGAUGGAUAUAUAUGUGAACACUCUCUGUGUCCUGCUAGAAACUCAAGGGAUCAGACCCCAAAUGUGUGGUGUGGAAAACAUUACUUUGGCAACUGUAUAGACUGAUUGUACAACGUCCAGGUCAUGUCUUCAGGUGUCAGUGCAGUGAACAAAAUAUUGAGGAAGGACCUGCCUGAUAUUAAUUUCCCAGGAACAUGUUGUGGAUCUAGAAACUGUUAUAUAUUGAUGUUACUGAGAACUACCCUCUACCCCUUCCACUGUGUGAGAGAUGUUAGUUAAGCAGCAAAAUCCUGUACCCUGGCGUGGUAAGAUGUUCGCAAGAAUAUACCAUUUAUACUAUUAGUAUGAGGUGUUUCUACCUUGCAUGAAAGCCAUGACAAUGGUGUGGUAUGAGGUAUUUCUGGCUUUCAAGAGCAACCCCAUGCCACCUCUGGUACACAAAGCAUAUCUGGCUUGUAAGAACAAACGUGGAACUUGGUGAGGUAUGUGGUAUUUCUUGUUCACGAGUGUGGUCCAGUACCAUCUUGUUUGGUAUCCCUGGCUUGCAAGAUCAAGAUAAACCUGGCUUGCAAGAACAAGACAAACCUGGCUUGCCAUAACAAGACAAACAUGGCUUGCAAUAACAAGAAAGUCUGGCUUGCAAGGACCAUCCAGGAAUAGAGUAUGUGACAUGAGGUUUUUAUGGUUACCCAGAACAAUCUCAUGCAACCAUGGUUGAACAUGGUUGAACAUGGUUGAACAUGGUUGAUCAAACCUGCAACACAAUGUGUGUGUGAGGUAUUUCUGGUUACCAAGAUCAAUCUCAUUUCACCUUGUUUGGCGUGUAAAGCAUUUCUGACUUGCAAGAACAAUCCUGGAACUCAAUAUGAGGUAUGAAGUAGUUCUGGUUAUGAAGACCAUUCAAAGCUUCCUUCUGUGGUAGUAGAGGUACUUUGAUUGGCAAGAACGGUCCAAUACCCCUUUCAUUGUAUGAGAUACUUCUGGCUUAACCCACAAAAACCUUUAUCCAUUGUGUGGUAGGAGUUCUGCAUGUUCUGACUGUCAAAGACUCCAUAUUGUGGUGCAAGAGAUGGCUGGGUAAAAUGAAUCUGUGGAAAGAAAUGUGGUUCUGUUUUCACAAACUAAGCUACAUGGGACCAGACCAAGUCCAAGUUGGUGAUAUGCCACAAGGAGCAAGACAACAAUGGAUGGUUGCAUACUGUUAACACUGUGACCAAACAUUCAGAAGGUACUCCAGCAUGUGAUCACCCAAGGGAACCGUACCAUUAUCUGGUUGAUGAACCUUUAAUCUGCACAGUCUAGACUACAAAGGAAGGUUGCUUACUGUACAACUGUGAAUAAAGCAUUCUGUAGGAUGUUGAUUGAGAACAUUCAGAGAGUACACAUUGUACAGAAUGAUGCAUCUUGUGCAUGAUGUCGACAGAAGGCAAUUUGAAGAACAGUCUAAAUACUGAAUGAAAUAAACAGAUCUGAAGAACAAGUUCAACAUAAGUAAAUAGAAUCUGAUCUAAUCAAAUAUGUGUGUCACAGUUGUGAACACUUCAAACACAUGUGGCUUACAAUGUUUUUAUUAAAGGUGUACAGAAAUAUUUCCUUACUAUCUCGACAUAACAAUGGAAUUUAAUUUUCAUAUACCUGUUUCAUGUAUUGUUAUCAUUUUUUUAGGUGGAGAGGUUAAUAAUAAGUUGUGCUGCUGUUCAUCAAAUCUCAUCUACAAUUCUUGUUUGAAUUAUUAUUGAUUUUUACUUUUCUUAUAAACAUGACAAGGCCUUCAAAAGUAGUGUGUUUCUCAUCUGCAUGCUCUUCAGAGGGAGCUGAGAAGCAAAGAAAUUACAAUGAAAAUUACAAGAAGCUACUUUUGGUACUACCUCAAAACUUGUUCAAGAAUUUUGAACAUUUUCCAAAAGUGCACAUGUUCAUCAAAUGAUGGCAUCAUUAUUAUGCUGUUUCAGAAAAUAUUUUGAGGGGAGAUCUCUAUCUUUGAAAGUGAGGUCUGCAUGUCUGAAAGUGAGUUAUCCAUCUUUGGACGUGAGAUCUUUACCUCUGGACAAUGUUGGAAGUGACAUGUGUUUGGAACCUUCACCACCACCAGUUUAACCUCUUUCCAACCACCAUAACAAGGACACAGCUUGACCUAUCAUAGCGGCAUUACUAACACUCAUUUUAGCAUCAUAAGGCAGGAAUAAGCCAAUAGGGGUGGAAGGGUCCAGGGGAAAACCUAAUGCUAAUGUCAUCUUAGCAUGUUCGCUAAGACUGCCGGUGAUGGGUCCAGGAAGUCCACGUAGGAUGUUGGAACCGAAGAGAUGCUAGAGAUUGCCAGUAUUACGGGUGACAUAUGAUUCCACUACAGCAGUUACAAGGUUACCUGAAAGAAGGGACAAGAGUACAGUAAAACUGAUUACAACGUCCGCGGUGCUCUGUGUAAAUCUUUCAAAAAUUUGUUCUCAGACUGUCCAGUUAUUUUAUUGGUUUUACCAUUUAUAUUGUUGAUGUUAAGUUAUAUGUGAGUGUAACUUUUGAGAAUGAAUUUUACGAUAAAUUAUGUAUAUUUGUACAGAUUUUUAAAAAGGGUUCUAUACUGCGUGUGUGAACUGCAUCCACUGGUAGAUGUAGCAGUAGAUCUUGAUAUAGUUCUCUUGUAGGUCUAUACAACAACAAACGGUGGAACAAACAAUCAAAUAUAUCUGGCAGUCUGUACAUACUUACACGUUGGUGUAUACAGUAACAGGUAUCUGUUACAUUUGAAAUGAAAAAAGUAAUUAAACACCUAAAUAAAU